AAUAAAUGAAGAAAGCCUUGUUAUUCACCAAAAAUACACAAUUGACAGAACAUUUGAUAAAAAUAAUGUGCCAGAAUGAGGAUGUAAGUUUCAUUCAUCCUAACACCUUCAUUUCAAGGUUAUGGAGCUCGAUGCACAUUGUGUCACAGAGCCAUUAGGAUAGUUUGCAAGAGCUUCAUGUACGGCUCUAUGAUCUGAUGGCACAAUAGGCUUCAGCCUCAUCGAGCUCCAUAAGCUCAUUUUGGAAGAGAACAUUUUCUUGGAUGUGGGGUUGGGAGGAAACGAUACGCAACACUCAGGGAGACGGGAAAGGGGGGAUGGUGUUAGAGACGGCACUGAUCCUCGUUCUUGGACAGUGGCAUGGACAGACAGAGGGAGGGAGGGUAAGGAAGGAGAAGGGAGGCAGAGUCAAAUGAUGUACUGGAGCUCCACCUCUGCUGAGAGGAAAAUCUCACUGAGGGUUUGCUGUUAGAACCUUCACACUUAACACUGAGUCCUCCUGUGACAUUUUGUUUCCCUUGAGAUUCAGUUUAGUGGAAUAUUCUGGUGCUGCCCGACCUGCUGGAGUUCUUCCUGCGGAACGGGAAAUAUCCAAAAGCGUGAUUAAUAUGAGGGAACCUUCCAAUGGGCUGGAUCCAGGAAUCAGACUUCCGGGUCUCCAUUGUGUUUAGACCGGGGAGCAGCAUGCAAAAAAAUCGGUGAACCGCUGCGGCCUGUUAAACCCCCACCCUCUCAGCCACCAGCACCACUAACCCAGCUUUGGGGGGUGAUUCCAGACAUUUCCACUCUGCCUGACAACCUACACCAAUGGCCAUGGGUUUCAUGCUACCCAUAAGAAGGCAAGAUACGGUGGCCUCCUCAAGCUCCGCUCUUCUGGGUCCUCACAGCAGCUGCACCAGACGCCGCUACCAGCGCUUCAGGAGAAAGCUGCGGCCCGGACGGAUUCUGGGGUUCGCCGUCAGCCUCGUGGUGGUCUGCACAGUCUGUUCAUGGAGUGCCUUGUCACUGGCCACGACAGUGGCCUCAGGGCUGGCAUCGGGUGCUGAGGAUUCAGCAGAGGCUGCAGUGCCCCAUAGAACUCUUCUGCAGUACAAGAACCUCUCAGCUGCACCUGAGGACACACCUGUAUCCAUGCCAUCAGCUGAUGUCCACAUGAAUCAAGGGGAUUAUCCAAAGGACUACUUCACUGUGGAGGAGAGACGUGAGGGCUACGUGAUGCUUCAUAUGUUUGGCAUGAUGUACAUGUUCAUAGCCUUAGCCAUCGUCUGCGAUGAGUUUUUCGUCCCUGCGCUCACAGUCAUCACAGAAAAGCUGGAGAUUUCUGACGAUGUGGCCGGGGCCACCUUCAUGGCAGCUGGUGGCUCCGCCCCAGAGCUCUUCACCUCUGUUAUUGGAGUUUUUAUCUCUCACAGUAAUGUGGGUAUUGGUACCAUUGUGGGCUCAGCUGUAUUCAACAUCCUGUUUGUGAUUGGGAUGUGCGCCCUGUUCUCUAAAGAGGUGUUGAACCUCACCUGGUGGCCUCUGUUUCGAGAUGUCUCCUUCUACAUCAUUGGCUUGCUCAUGCUCAUCUACUUCUUUCUGGAUAAUCAAAUCGUUAUGGAGGAAAGUAUCGGCCUGCUGCUGUGCUACACUGCUUAUGUGACGUUCAUGAAGUUCAAUGCCAAAGUAGAACUUUUCAUCAAGAGCAGGAUAGGCAACAACCAGGUGAAAGAGCUGGUGACUGCACCAAAGAUAACUGCACCAGGAGAUGAUGAGAACAAGCUGAUGGCAAAACCCAGACUCCAGAGAGAGGGCAGCUGUGCUUCUCUGCACAACUCUCUGAUGAGAAACAGCAUCUUCCAGCUCAUGAUACACACACUGGACCCACUCAGCGAUGAAGGACAUUUCAAAGAAAAGGCCUCAAUCCUUCACAAAAUGGCCAAGCAGAAGUGUAAAGAAGACGCUGCCGCUGCCGCUGCUGCUGCCGCUGCCACUGCCAACGGUGUAGGAGUCUCCUCUAAGACCCAACUUUCAAGAAAUGCAAACUCCGAUAAAAACAUCCCCAACAGUACGAACGUAGCAGUGGAAGUCACACCACCCAUGAAUGGUGUCGUAGGAGGAGAAGAGGGUGGUGAGGAAGAGGAGGAUGAAGACCAGCCUCUGAGCCUGGCCUGGCCAGACACAAACAGGAAAAGACUCACUUACCUUGUAAUCCUGCCCAUUGUCCUUCCACUGUGGAUCACACUGCCCGACGUCAGGCGAGAGAGCUCAGCACGUUUUUUCCCCGUCACUUUUCUUGGCGCCAUCUGUUGGAUUGCUUUCUUCUCCUACCUGAUGGUGUGGUGGGCUCACCAGGUUGGAGAGACUUUCUGGAUUACCGAGGAAAUCAUGGGUCUGACCAUAUUAGCUGCCGGAACCUCAAUCCCUGACCUCAUCACCAGUGUGAUUGUGGCACGAAAAGGCCUCGGUGACAUGGCCGUGUCCAGCUCUGUGGGCUCCAACAUCUUUGAUAUCACUGUGGGUCUGCCAUUCCCCUGGCUCCUCUACAACAUCAUCAACGACUUCAAACCAAUAGAGGUGAGCAGCAACGGCCUGUUCUGUGCCAUCGUCCUCCUCUUCCUCAUGCUCCUCUUCGUCAUCAUGUCCAUUGCAACCUGCAAGUGGAAGAUGAGCAAGUCUCUGGGCUUUCUCAUGUUCCUGCUCUACUUCGUGUUCCUCGUCGUCAGCGUCAUGCUGGAGGACAAAAUCAUCUCCUGUCCCAUCACCAUCUGAGAGUGAGAGACAGAGUGACUGAUUGAUUCUCAGAGAGUAAACAUACAUGUGUGCAAUGAUCUAUCGUGCUGACCCAAACACACACACACACACACACAUGCACGCUCAGUAUCAGACUGCACACUCGCAGAUACUCGGCUCUACAUCCACACGCUCACGUUCAACCUGUACCUGAAGCAAACUCAUAAACAUACACAAGUGCAGACUGGUGCAUCACAGCCUUGAAGAAGUGGUAGACGAGCCAGUCCUUCAUUCAUGGACUUAUGCCACCCAGUCAGAGAAACUCCUUGUUAUCCACUACCUAUUAUAUGCUGAAAGUGAUUGGAACACCACCUGCAUGGAAACUUUAAAUGAGAAACUCUUUUUCUUUUCUUUUUUUAAUUAAAGGACUACGAGGCAGUGUAAGACUCAAGGUGGUGAAAACGACUUUGUUUUUGUUUGUUUGUUUGUUGGCAGAGAUCUGGUGGGAUCAUAUAUAUCAAACUGGGGAAACACAUCUGUCUAAAAAAAGCUGCUGCUUCUCAGACCUAAAGAUUUUAACUCUGUCCGUUCCACCACCUGUGUGGCUUUGCAAUGUCAUCAGCAGAGAGAUGCUUUAGUGUUGCUUUCAAAUUCAGCAUUUCUACUUUCCAUGUUAUAGCUAUGUACUGAGAAAAACAAUAGCUGCUAGACAGAGUGUAGCAUGGACCAAGACUGAAGUGGAUGAGAUGUAUCAUGCUCAUUAUUUCUGCUUUUAUCAAUAUAUUCCAACUAUUUUAUUUGAGUUUUUUGUGUCAUAAGGUUGUAAGUAAGUUUGGUUAUUUCCCUGUUUGGUUCUUUUAUCUGUCUGCCUUUACUUGCACCACUUUAGAACAAGAGAUUAAUUAAUUUGCUUGACAAAAAAACUGGACAGUUUCUGGUGCAGUGAAAUGCUCCCAGUGAGAAAGGACAAUGACGGGAGGACGACAGUUUCAUGUUCUCUGUUGUGGUUAACGUCUCUCUCUUGAAUGGAUGCAUUUAUAAAAACAAAAUGGUUUCUGUGAUGUAACGACUGAUGCCAAGUACUGUAUAAUGCUGUGUAAUGCAUAUACAUUGCUGUAGGCUGCUGUAGGCCUUUUGUAUAUCAUAUAGGCCUAAUGUGUCCAUCAUUGUGAUGUUCACACGAUACCUUCUUUUUUUUUAUUUUAUGACGUACAGUUUGAAAUCUAGCUUGUUUUAAGAGAAAUGAUACAUAAUGGACAUAUAAAUAUAAAUAUGUGUGUGCACAUAUGUUUAUGUCUAUGACAUAAAAUGCAAACUUCUCUGUACGUAACUCCAAACAUGGACGAGGAAAACAUCCCACAUUGUUCUCGAAUUCCUUUCAAUCAGAGUUACAUUACAUUACAUUAAUACAAAUUAAAUAUCUUCAUUUUAAUUUAAAGGUAAAGAAUGGUUUCCAUGACUUUAUCCAGUGCACAUAUUCCAAAAGGUUUGCAAAAAAGAUUACAAUGAAGAAGAAUGUGCAUUUCCUCUCUGUUUAUGGGGACUUGAGGAUUUCUUUUUCUCAUUAAUUUUCUACAAACUGAUGAAGGGAAUCUCACAAAUAGGGCUGAAACAAUCAAUCGAUUACUUCAAUGUAUCGAUUGAUUACUUUAAUUAUCAGUGAACUAUUUUGAUAAUCAAUUGUUUUUAAAGAAUUCAAACAGGUUUUCAGACAAACAUUAUAACAGACAUUAUAACUUGUCAUUGUAAGUUUCUCAGUCAUCCAGGUCAUAGUCUUCAGUAGUUAGCUGUGGGCAAAUGGACGUGCUUGAGUUGAAGACGUUUCAUCCAAGAGGCUUUUUCAGUUCUGACUAAUCUAGUGGGAAGAACCUGAGGCUGAUACCGGUCUAGGGAGUCAUUAAGUUAAACAGUUCAGGUGACCCUGAACUGAACACCUUAUGUCAGUUCUUCCCACUGAAAAAGCCUCUUGAAUGAGAGGUGAAACAUAUUCAACUGAACUCAAGCAAGUCCAGUCGCCCACAGCCAGCCACAGAAGAACAUAUGACACAUGUUUCCUUUGCCUUCUAUGUCAAAUAGAACAAUAUGAGGGAGAUAAGUUAUUAUCCCAGACAUGUUUAAAAUGCUUUCAUCUGUUUGAAAACAAUCAAUAAAGGUCCUGUAGACUCUGAAUAGCAUCCUCCUCUGCUUUUGUUUCCUACACUGGUGCAGGAGUUGUUCAGUGUUUAAUUGUUAAAUAGUUUCAGUGCAAAACUAUGUCAUAAAUGGGUUUUCCCUUUUCACAUAACUGGAUCUGAUUGUCUAUAAACAGCAGUUAUACAUUAUAUUCUCCAUACUAUUUCUUUUUAUUUUCACAUUUUCACUAAUCACGACAUAUUUUUUCCAAAUUAAUAUAUGUUUGUUUAAGUUUAUCCAUGAAUUUGAGCACAAUUAUUCCCAUUCCCCCAGAGGUCAAUUGUGUAUUUUGUAUUGUAACACAAGGCAUGUACAUAAAAGCCUGUAUGUAAUGAUAGUCAGAGCAUAGUUUACAAACCUGAAGACAGUUUUUAAUGUAAGUCUCCAGCUUCUAAUUUUAACCUGUAAAUGCAGCAUCGUUUCCAUAUCUCAUAUGAAUGUGAGACACGUGUGUGUGUGUGUGCGUGCGUGUGCGUGUGUGUAUGACUGCAUUUAGCAAUAUCUUCUCAACUAUUUUGAUUACCAUGACAAAUGGUGAAAUGCUUUCACUUUGGAAUCUACUGUGUACAUUAUGCAAGCAUGGGAUCAUAUCCAUGUACUAUCUGAACUGUGUAUUAUACUGUAAAAACAUGUGUCACUCCACUGUGUAUAAAGUGUCAUGUGAUCAAAUAAAUCAAAACUCACAUUUUCA